AUUCCCUCCCCUCAUAGUUUGAGGGUUCUAUUCUUUCCAGAUUCUUCCUCUUUUUUCCUCAGGAAAAUUCAGAGAGACCCAUCUGAAGAAUCUCCAAAGAAAAUUCAAAGAGAAUGGCAGAAUCAAGAUCCGAUCAUCCUUCUCUGAUCCUUGUACUAAUUCUUCUCUACUGCAUGACCAUGUUCUCAACUGGGUCAAGCUUUGGAGUGAACUGGGGAACAAUGUCAACCCACCAGCUCCCUCCUGAGAAAGUUGUGAAGAUGCUGAAAGAUAAUGGCUUCAAGAAGCUGAAGCUGUUUGAAUACGAUAAGAACAUUUUGGAUGCCCUCAUCGGGAGCGACAUCGAAGUGAUGCUUGCCAUUCCUAAUUACAUGUUGCAGAUGAUGAGCGUGGAUCCGAGCUUUGCUGCUGCUUGGGUGGACACGAAUGUCACUGGUUAUCGAUACAUUGGAGGAGUCAAUAUCAGGUACAUUGCUGUAGGAAAUGAGCCCUUCUUGCAAACCUACAAUCACACUUAUAUCCGACGUGUAUUGCCGGCCCUCCGGAACAUUCACGAGGCCCUCCACCGUGCCCGGCUAAGCUCCAAGGUCAAAGUCACGGUCCCCUUCAACGCUGAUGUCUACUACUCGCCGCCCUCAAACCCUGUCCCUUCUUCCGGAGACUUCAGGCCCGAAGUUCGUGACGCAGCGAUAGAAAUUAUUCACUUCCUAUACAUAAAUGAUUCGCCUUUCACCGUCAACAUUUACCCCUUCCUCAGCCUCUACCAGAACCCGGAUUUCCCUCUUGACUAUGCCUUCUUUGACGGAACGGAUGUGCCCCUCAUAGACGGGGACCUGGUGUACACGAACGUGUUCGACGCGAACUUUGACACACUCAUCUCAGCCUUGUCCAAAGCAGGGUACUCCGACAUGGAGAUCCUAGUUGGAGAAGUCGGGUGGCCGACCAAUGGCAACAAGAAUGCAAACAUCAAAAACGCCCAAAGGUUCAAUCAGGGCAUGCUGAAGCAUGCCUUGAGCAGAGACGGCACUCCGGCAAGGAAAGGAGUGAUCAACGUGUACCUCUUCAGCCUAAUCGACGAGAACGCAAAGAGCAUAGACCCGGGGAACUUCGAGCGGCACUGGGGAUUGUUCGAGUACGAUGGGAAGCCAAAGUAUCAACUGGACUUGUCGGGAUCGGAGGACACCGGCCUAGUCCCAGUCAAAGGCGUGUCCUACAUGCCACGGAGGUGGUGCAUUUUGAACCCCGAAAUGCACGAUCUCACGGACCUAGGAGACAACGUAGGCUACGCUUGUAGCUUAUCAGACUGCACUGCUCUGGGUUAUGGGUCAUCCUGUAACAACCUGAGCCUGCAGGGCAAUGCUUCCUAUGCAUUCAACAUGUACUACCAGAUGAAUAACCAGCACUCCUGGAACUGCGAUUUCAUGGGUCUUGCUGUGGUCACCGAGAAUGACCCGUCCUCGGAAGGAUGCCAAUUCCCAGUGAUGUUGGCGUCCGGAGACUCGAUAUCUCGGGACCGAGGAUUGCUAGAUACUUUGUUCAGAUAUUAUUUGUGGCUUGUGGUUUUCUUGGUUAUCCUAUAGUCCUUUUACUAGGAGGUUGUCGUUGCUUUACUGUUGCUACUUCUUGAAACUAUAGAUGCUACAUAGAAUGCCAUCAGCUCUUUGUAAUUUUACAGGAAAAAAUACAAGGAAUGAUAUCCUUCAAAUCCAUCAUUUUAGUGUUUUCAA